AUGCAACAUCUUAAAUUAUCAAUUCCAAGUUUGAACUAAUCUUUUUUAUAUUCUGGAAAUUUCAAAGAGAUGUCAUAUUAGUAAUUGAUAUCAUAUGCAGAAAAUCGUUUAGGUCGAGUUCUAUAUCCUGAGUUCCAACUUUUAUCAAUAAAUUCUGAGGGAGUAUAAUUAAUAAUUGAUAGUGAUCAAUAAUUAAAGAUUUUAUAAGGUUAGAAUUAGUAAGUAAUCAAAAUCAUUCUUAAAGAGAAAGAAAAUGAAACAAUAGUUCAUCCAAACACAAUUUGCAGUCAAUGUCAUUCUACUCCAAUUAUAAAUGCUAGAUAUAAAUGUAUAGUCUGUGAAAAUUUGGAGUUUUGUGAAAAAUGUUUAGGUCAUGGUUAAGUUCAUCCUUUGCUAAUAUUAUCGAAACCAGAGCAUGAGGAAUAUUUUGAUGGUUUUUUUAAAACAUCAAUUAAUAAAGUGAAGAACUUAUUCAAUUGUUAAUAUAGUAAAUCUAAAAAAUAGUGUCAUAGAUUUUAAAGAAGCCCUUUUGAAGAAGAAAUAAGUGCUAUUUGGAUAUGACAAACAGAAUCAAUAAUAAAAAUAGAUUAAUUAAGAAUAGAGAUAAUUAUAAUAAAAUAUAUAAGAUAAAGAAAUAAUUGAAGAUUUGCAUAGUAAAACAUUAAAAUUAUCUGAAAUAUUUAAAUUAUCUCCAGAUAAAUUUGAUAAGUUUGUCAAAUAAAAUUAACAUUUGUCAUUUGAAGAAUUGGUUGAUUUGGCAUCAGAAUAGAUAUUAUGA